AUGUCGAAAGUGGAAGAGAGCAGUCCGAGCCAAGGGCCGGGUGAUGACCAGGAGGAAGAUGUCAUCGGUCCACUCCCUUCGCUCGCUGCAGGAGAGCCGCCCGCCUCGAAGAAAAGGAAGAUCCUCAAGUUCGAAAAGGUCUUCUUGGGGAAUCUACCGAGCUCGGAGAUGUUCGAAAAAUCAUACAUGCAUCGGGAUACUAUUUCCCAUAUUGUUGUUACGAAAUCUGAAUUCAUCAUAACGGCAUCGGUGGACGGCAUCGUCAAGUUUUGGAAGAAACUGACCUCUGGAAUCGAGUUCGUCAAAUUAUUCCGGGCUCAUCUGGGAAAUAUCCAGGAGAUCGCGGCAAAUUGGGACGGUUCGCUCCUCUGCACCAUUUCGACCGAUAAGUCGCUGAAGGUCUUCGAUGUUAUCAACUACGACCUAAUCAACAUCCUUCAUUUCGAUUAUGUGCCUGGCCACUGUGAUUGGAUUCACACGAAAGGCGACGCUAUGCGAAUGGUGGCGGUGACUGCAUUGGAGACUCCGCACAUCUACAUAUACGACGGACUGGAAACAGCAACCCCCCUCAAAGUCCUCGAUACGCUCCACGCCGAGCCGGUAGUCUGUCUGAGAUACAGCCCAAGCACGAAUUCCGUCAUUUCCAUCGACAAGUCCAGUUUCAUCGAGAUUUGGUCCGGACCAUCAACUGACUACAAGGAGCCAGGAAUCUUGGAGUUCAGCUCCAAGCUGGACACGGACCUGUUCCAGUUGAUGAAGGACAAAGCCGUGGCUACGAAUAUCGCCUUCGACAGGAAUGGAAAUCGUUUCGCAGUGACCGCAGCGGACCGCAAAGUUCGCGUUUUCAAUUUCCGAAAUGGAAAGCUCUGGAAAAAGUUCGACGAAAGCCUGAAGACAGCGUCGGAUGCCCAUAACGAGAACCCAUUGAUGUCGAACAUGGAGUUUGGUCGUCGGAUGGCUAUGGAAAAAGAUCUGGAACGGACCGACAUGUUGCGACUGUCGAAUAUCGUCUUUGACGACAGCGGUAAUUUUCUGCUCUACCCCACGCUCCUCGGUGUCAAGGUUGUCAACUUGGUGACGAAUAAGUGUGUGAGGAUCCUCGGCAAGUGUGAAUCGCUACGGCCGCUCGCUAUCGCGCUCUAUCAGGGUAUUCCCGGUUCUAAGCAGAAAUCCGUCACCGCCGAAUCUCAAGCAGCCGAGAAUCCGGCGCUGCAAGACGUUUGUUGCGACCCGACAUUGGUUUGCAGCGCAUUCAGAAAGCACAGAUUUUAUCUUUUCUCCAAUCGCGUCCCCGGGGAAGACGAAGAAAGAGAGAUGUUCAACGAGAAACCAUCCAAGGAGGACAUUGUCGCUGCUACGGAAACUUCUUCGAAGUCGAACCUGGCAUCGAACGCCGUCAUCCACACCUCCGUUGGAGAUAUCCACGUCUCUUUAUUCCCGCGUGAAUGUCCGAAAGCCGUGGAAAACUUCGUGGUUCAUUCACGUAACGGUUACUACAACGGUCAUAUCUUCCAUCGAGUCAUCAAAGGCUUCAUGAUCCAAACGGGAGAUCCUACCGGAGUCGGCUCGGGUGGUGAAUCGAUCUGGGGUAGGGAGUUCGAAGAUGAAUUCCAUCCUGAUUUGAAGCACGAUAAACCCUAUACGUUAUCUAUGGCGAACGGAGGACCGAACACGAACGGUUCUCAGUUUUUUGUGACCGUGGUGCCAUGUCCUUGGUUAGAUAACAAACACACAGUAUUCGGGAGAGUCACCAAAGGGAUGGAAGUGGCUCAAAAUAUAUCACUAGUUAAAACCCAUCCGAAAACGGACAAACCGUAUGACGACGUUACGAUCGUUAGUAUAACGAUCAAAUGAUCAUUUUCAACUCAGACGGAGGGCUGAGAGCUGCAAAUCGAGUAGCGGUCUCGAACUUCUGCGCGAAGAAAUUAUUGUACAUAAAGACAUGUACAUACAGAAUAAAGACGGGA